AUGCGUCCCCUAGACUUCGCUACCCCUGCCUCAGAUGGGUCGGAGCCGGUCUUUUGGAAAAGUGUCAAUUCGUCUUUUAUUGGGACUGGACUUGAGGCGCAUUUGCGUGAAAAGGGGUUCCGUCAGCUUAUCAUUGCUGGGUUGACGACUGAUCAUUGUGUUUCAACUACUGUUCGAAUGGCGGCUAAUCUGGGGGUUGUGGAUCGGUAUCUUGGAGAUGGACCUGUCCGGUUGAGAUCGGAUGGGACUCAUGAGAAUGACUUGAAAGUUGACAAGGGGCGUAUUGUCCUUGUCGAGGAUGCCACGGCUACCUUUGGGAAGGCUGGAAUUGACUCGGAGACUAUUCAGAAGGUUUCUGUUGCUAGCCUCGAUGGCGAGUUUGCAGAUGUAUUUUCCACAGAGGAGGUCAUUAAGGCUCUGAGCAAGAUCUAA